UUCCUCUCGCCGUGUUCCCGCGCCGUUCCGGUCUUCAGGGCGGACUGUGAGAGGAGAGGAGUUCGUCACGCUGCCCCGCCUACAUCCUGGCUGCCCCGCCUACAUCCUGACAGCUAAUGUUCCACGCUCCGCGGGCCGGAAUAAAAGUCCUGGCUUUUGAGGCGGCCGCCCCGAGAGGAGAGGAGGGAGGGGAGCGGGCGUCCGGCACACAGAAGAGCCGCAUGUGGCUCGCGAUCCGCGGCUUGCCGACCACUGAAACCCUAUUGCCUGUCACCUGGUGGGCAGUGUGCUCCGGAGCCGCAGCAAAGAUGAAAAAGAGCCGCAUGCGG